UAUACCCAAAAAAGGCAAAAGAAAGAAAAAAAGGAAAAAAAAAAAACAAAACAAAAAGGCAUUCCCAGCAAAAGUUUUCGUUCACUGAUAUGAAUGCUGAUCAGUUAUUGAACAACUCUUCUUCUUCUUCUUCUACCGAUCGGAGGCUGAGGAUUCUUGCCAAGCACCUCCAAUCAACUUCAUCAUCAGCCAUGGAGAGCAAUACUGUUGUCUCUGCUUCACCAACUUCUGCUGCUGGUGGCUCUGUUUUUGCCCAUAUUGUUCAGGCCCCUGAAGAUCCCAUUCUUGGGGUAACUGUUGCUUACAACAAAGAUCCAAGCCCUGUGAAGUUGAACUUGGGUGUAGGCGCUUACCGAACUGAGGAAGGGAAACCUCUCGUUCUGAAUGUUGUUAGACAGGCAGAACAGCUACUAGUUAAUGACAGCUCUCGUGUUAAGGAAUAUCUGCCAAUUGUGGGGCUGGCAGACUUCAAUAAAUUGAGUGCCAAGCUCAUUCUCGGUCCUGACAGCCCUGCUGUUCAAGAUAACAGGGUUACUACUGUCCAGUGCUUGUCUGGAACAGGAUCACUGAGGGUUGGAGCUGAGUUUUUGGCACGACAUUAUCAUGAACGGACCAUAUACAUUCCUGUUCCAACAUGGGGAAACCACCCAAAAGUUUUCACUCUGGCAGGUUUAUCUGUGAAAAGUUACCGGUAUUAUGAUCCAACUACCCGUGGACUCAACUUUCAAGGGUUGUUGGAAGACCUUCAAUCUGCUCCAUCAGGGGCUAUUGUACUUCUGCAUGCAUGUGCUCAUAAUCCAACUGGUGUGGAUCCUACUCCUCAGCAAUGGGAACAAAUCAGACAAUUGAUGAGAUCUAAAGCACUCUUACCUUUCUUUGAUAGUGCUUAUCAGGGUUUCGCAAGUGGAAGCCUGGAUGCAGAUGCACAAUCUGUUCGUAUGUUUGUUGCUGAUGGCGGUGAAUGCCUGGUAGCUCAAAGUUAUGCAAAGAACAUGGGCCUUUAUGGUGAACGUGUUGGUGCACUGAGCAUUGUGUGCCGGGCAGCCGAUGUGGCAGGCAGAGUUGAGAGCCAGUUAAAAUUGGUGAUUAGGCCAAUGUAUUCAAACCCCCCAAUACAUGGUGCAUCUAUUGUGGCAACAAUACUCAAGGACAGAAACAUGUUCCAUGAGUGGACACUAGAGCUGAAAGCAAUGGCAGACCGCAUUAUCAGCAUGCGCCAGCAAUUAUUUGAUGCUUUACGUGCUAGAGGAACCCCUGGUGACUGGAGUCACAUUAUCAAGCAAAUUGGAAUGUUCACCUUCACUGGACUUAACUCCGAGCAGGUCGCCUUCAUGAGGAAAGAAUACCACAUUUACAUGACAUCUGACGGGCGAAUUAGCAUGGCUGGUCUGAGCUCAAGAACAGUUCCACAUCUUACAGAUGCAAUACAUGCUGCAGUUACAAAAGUUGCCUGAAAGAGUGGUUACCAUCCGUCUAUAUUGAGCAUCCUUCCCCUUAAGUUACUAUGUAAACCCCAUUUUGUUGUAAUAAUAAUAACCCCAAGAACGGCAGAAAUUAAAAGAGUAAUAGUCUGACUCAGUUUUUGAUUAAAAAAAAAAAAAAAAGUCUUCUGUAUUCAUAACUCAAACCGAUUUUUGGGCGAUAAAAUUGCAAUGGCAUAGUUGUUUUCUUGAUGUGCA